AGCUGAUAUUUACAUGAAAGCUUUCUGAUAUAGUGCAGAUUCAAGUUUGUUCAAAUCAUGGCCCCUGGGGGUAGGAUGGGGCCACAAGGGGGGAUCAAAGUUUUACAUACAAAUAUAUAGGAAAAAUCUUCAAAUAUCUUCUUCUCGUGAACCAUUGGGCCAAAGAAGUUCACAUUUACAUGAAAGCUUUCUGACAUAGUGUAGAUUCAAGUUUGCAAAAACUAUGGCCUCCAGGGGUAGGUUGGGGCGAUAAUAAGGACUACGGUUUUACAUGCAAAUAUAUAUAGAAAGUCUUCUGAUAUGGACCAAGGUGACUCGGGUGAGCGAUGUGGCCCAUGGGCCUCUUGUUCUUGCUUGAAUUCAACUGAUGAAUUCAAUUAGAUUUUUUUUUUUUACAACUAACAUCCACACAAAGAUUCGACCUAGAUAUAUACUACAUUUAUACCUAGACAAUGUCAUAAUGUAUAAUGAUGACGUGUUUCUGUUUUUAUAAGCUUCGGUGUUUUCCACGUUUCAGUUGUCCCAAACAGUUCCCUGGAUUUACCACUUUCUAGCGGUGCGUCUCAGAGCAUAUGAAGCACAGCUGAGGGAAGACGUGGCUCUAAAGAGAUGUAUCUUCAUCUGGUACCAUUUUGGAUCCUGAUUUAUGUCACCAUUUGGUAUCAAGGUCAUCUUCAGUUACUCUCACUUGGUGGAACAUUGAUUCUAUUUCUGCGGCAAUGUUUUUGUCCUGCCUAAAUCGAAGAAGUACACCAACCAAGCUGUUCAUCAAAUCUGGUCCCUGCAACAAUUCGGUGUAAAGAGAUUUGCCUUGAUAGGUGGCAGUGCAAUCCAAUACGACAUGUACUUUACCAGUCUAGACCAAGUGAUUGAUGCAAAAUUCGCACCAAAAGAAAGAAGACAAAAGAUUCGAGCACGAGAAUACACCACGUGCUUCCUCACAGAACCCAGAGGCAGACGAUGAUUUAUCUAGAGCUGUACUAGAAAGCCAAAAACAGCAGUCUCUGCUUCCCCUGGUUAAACAAGAAUUGAAAUAUAAAAUUCGUUACAAGAGGCUUUCGGAGGGCAAAGAGGAGUUUGUUCCAGACGAACCCAAACCGACAAGUUACGAAUUAACCGAGUACGAGAGGCAAAAAAUCGAAGAGCGGAGACGACAAAACAGACAGUCAGCUCAGCGUUCUCGGAAAAAGUCCGAGGAUUACGAAGAAAAUCUGAAGAAGAAGAUAAAUAACUUGUCCAAAUUGAACAUCAAAUUGGCCAAAGAGAGGGGCACACUACUCAAAACAAAGGCGAUACUUCUGUCGGAGUUCCGAAAUAUCGGUUGUUUUCCGUCAGUACGGGUGUGUUCUUGUGGGAUUCGAACGGACGCCGGUUUAGAAGCAGCGGCCACAGAAACAAAGGCCCCGUCAGAAUGACUCGUGAUGGCGUUCUAUGGAAAGUAAAUUCUAUUUUCAAUAGGUGGCUUUCUGUCAUAAAACCGUUAUUCGUUUGGAAUUUGGACAGAAUGUGGUCAGAAUAUAUCGUCAACAGAAACAACAGUUCCAUCCAUGAUCCACGGAAAGUAAAGCCUGGGUUUCAUGUGACAUGUUGGAUGCCUAUCAUCAAUAAUCAAUGUCAGUGGAAAACGGAAUCAAGUUUCAAAAUAAGGACGUCACAGAUAUUGUGGUCUACCAGAAUGAAGUAGAGCCUAUUCCGGAACACUGUUACACUGUGUCGUUUGAUUUUUGGUCUUUUCUUUUAGAAAGGUACAUCCACUCACUGUGCUUUCAUUUGACAGCUCUCAGUUAUCACCUUGUUUCGGCGGUGGUUUCUCAUUCUCUAUAUCAGCAAUGGUCAUGUAGAUCAAAGUGAACUGAAGAUGUGUCCCUUCAUGUUAUGAUGAAAAUCAAUUUACUUGUUGUCAUUCUGAGAAUUUAGAGUCACCCUUGCACUAUUUGUUGCAUAUUAUGUCGUAAAGUAUGUGGUUCUC